GGUUAUGUCAGACACUUUAAAAAACAAGACUUUAUCAACUCACUCACAGAAACUUCAUUCACUUCCAUUUCUUGACUCAAGACUGUCAGGUGUCUGGUACCUUCAGCCAUUCUUUGAAAACUUGUUGUGAAUAUACUGCAGUUGGACUUGGGACUGCACUAGGGAACCAGACGCAAGGAGGAUGGAACCCUUCAUAUUCAUUCUCCUCUUAGGAGGAAUUGUGGGAACAACGUCAGCUAAUGAGACAACAGCUAAUGCAACUUCCUCACCAGCAAACAUGACGUCACCACAGGCCAACACAACCUCACCACCAGCUAACAUGACCUCGCCACCACUCAACACAACCUCACCGCCAGUCAACAUGACAUCACCUGCCAACAUAACGUCACCACCAAGCAACGCAACCUCACCACCAGUAAAUGCAACAUCAUCUCCAGUUAACAUGACCUCACAACCAAACAACGCAACUUUGCCUACACUCAACGCAACUUCAUCACCAGUCAACAUGACAUCAUCACCUGCCAACAUGACCUCAUCACCACUCAAUGCAACAUCGCCUACACUCAACGCAACUUCAUCACCAGUCAACAUGACUUCACCACCAGCCAAUGCAACCUCACCACCAGUCAUCACAACUUCUUUGCCAGGUAAUGUAAGCUCUUCACCUGUAAAUGGAACAUCAGUGCCACCAACAGUCACAGCUAUUGUUCCUCCAGCUACAACAGGAGCUGCUCCACCAUCAGAGCCAAAACUUAAGUUGGGAUUUAAGUUGCAGCAGAAUUUUACCCAACAACUUACAAACAAAUCCUCAUCAGAGUUCAAGGAGUUAAAAGACACAGUAACCACAGCGCUCAAUGCUGUCUAUUCACAAAGAUAUGGAUCUAACUUCAAUCGAACUGUAAUCAACGGCUUCAGUCAAGGAUCCGUUGUGGUGGAUGCUGAGCUGAUAUUCAACAAUGUGACUACACUACCAAAUGCCAGUUCUACAGCUGAAACUUUGGAGACUGCUGUUUCCAGCUCUAAUAUUUCUCUGCCUAUCAACACAUCCUCUAUUACUGCAGCUGUUGUGUUGGCACCAACUGAAUCCCCAACCACAGAUGCACCGUCAACGAUGAUUACAACUCCCUCACCAGUAAACGUAACCUCAUCACCACUCAAUGCAACUUCAUCACAAGUCAACAUGACCUCACCACCACUGAACGCCACCUCACCACCAGCAAACAUGACCUCACCACCACUCAACGCCACCUCUCCACCAAUCGACAUGACCUCACCACCACUCAACGGCACCUCUCCACCAAUCAACAUGACCUCACCACCACUAAACACCAGCUCAUCACCAGCAAAUAUGACCUCACCACCACUCAACACAACCUCACAACCAGUCAACAUGACUUCACCACCAGUAAAUGCAACCUCACCACCAGCCAACAUGACCUCACCACCACUCAACGCUACCUCUCCACCAAUCAACAUGACGUCACCACCACAUAACGCCACCUCACCACCAGCCAACAUGACUUCACCACCAAUAAAUGCAACCUCACCACCAGCCAACAUGACUUCACCACCAAUAAAUGCAACCUCACCACCAGUCAACAUGACUUCACCACCAGUAAAUGCAACCUCACCACCAAUCAACAUGACCUCACCACCACUAAACACCAGCUCACCACCAGCCAACAUGACUUCACCACCAGUAAAUGCAACCUCACCACCAGCAAACAUGACCUCACCACCACUCAAUACAACCUCACCACCAGUCAACAUGACUUCACCACCAGUAAAUGCAACCUCACCACCAAUCAACAUGACUUCACCACCAAUAAAUGCAACCUCACCACCAGCCAACAUGACUUCACCACCAGUAAAUGCAACCUCACAACCAGUCAACCUGACUUCACCACCAGUAAAUGCAACCUCACCACCAGUCAACAUGACUUCACCACCAAUAAAUGCAACCUCUCCACCAGUCAACAUGACUUCACCACCAGUAAAUGCAACCUCACCACCAGCCAACAUGACUUCACCACCAGUAAAUGCAACCUCACAACCAGUCAACAUGACUUCACCACCAGCCAAUGCAACCUCACCACCAAUUAUCACAACUUCUUUGCCAGGUAAUGUAAGCUCUUCACCUGUAAAUGGAACAUCAGUGCCACCAACAGUCACAGCUAUUGUUCCUCCAGCUACAACAGGAGCUGCUCCACCAUCAGAGCCAAAACUUAAGUUGGGAUUUAAGUUGCAGCAGAAUUUUACCCAGCAACUUACAAACAAAUCCUCAUCAGAGUUCAAGGAGUUAAAAGACACAGUAACCACAGCGCUCAAUGCUGUCUAUUCACAAAGAUAUGGAUCUAACUUCAAUCGAACUGUAAUCAACGGCUUCAGUCAAGGAUCCGUUGUGGUGGAUGCUGAGCUGAUAUUCAACAAUGUGACUACACUACCAAAUGCCAGUUCUACAGCUGAAACUUUGGAGACUGCUGUUUCCAGCUCUAAUAUUUCUCUGCCUAUCAACACAUCCUCUAUUACUGCAGCUGUUGUGUUGGCACCAACUGAAUCCCCAACCACAGAUGCACCGUCAACGAUGAUUACAACUCCCUCACCAGUAAACGCAACCUCAUCACCACUCAAUGCAACUUCAUCACAAGUCAACAUGACCUCACCACCACUCAAUGCAACUUCAUCACCAGUCAACAUGACCUCACCACCACUGAACGCCACCUCACCACCAGCAAACAUGACCUCACCAUCACUCAACACCACCUCUCCACCAAUCAACAUGACUUCACCACCACUAAACACCAGCUCACCACCAGCAAAUAUGACCUCACCACCAGUCAACACAACCUCACAACCAGUCAACAUGACUUCACCACCAGUAAAUGCAACCUCACCACCAGCCAACAUGACCUCACCACCACUCAACGCCACCUCUCCACCAAUCAACAUGACUUCACCACCACUUAACGCCACCUCACCACCAGCCAACAUGACUUCACCACCAAUAAAUGCAACCUCACCACCAGCAAACAUGACCUCACCACCACUCAACACAACCUCACCACCAGUCAACAUGACUUCACCACCAGUAAAUGCAACCUCACCACCAGCCAACAUGACCUCACCACCACUCAACGCUACCUCUCCACCAAUCAACAUGACGUCACCACCACUUAACGCCACCUCACCACCAGCAAACAUGACCUCACCACCACUUAACGCCACCUCACCACCAGUCAACAUGACUUCAACACCUGUAAAUGCAACCUCACCACCAGCAAACAUGACCUCACCACCACUCAACACAACCUCACCACCAGUCAACAUGACUUCACCACCAGUAAAUGCAACCUCACCACCAGCCAACAUGACCUCACCACCACUCAACGCCACCUCUCCACCAAUCAACAUGACUUCACCACCAGUAAAUGCAACCUCACCACCAGUCAACAUGACUUCACCACCAGUAAAUGCAACCUCACCACCAAGCAACAUGACUUCACCACCAGUAAAUGCAACCUCACAACCAGUCAACAUGACUUCACCACCAGUAAAUGCAACCUCACCACCAGUUAACAUGACUUCACCAACAGCCAAUGCAACCUCACCACCAAUUAUCACAACUUCUUUGCCAGUUAAUGUAAGCUCUUCACCUGUAAAUGGAACAUCAGUGCCACCAACAGUCGCAACCAUUGUUCCUCCAGCUACAACAGGAGCUGCUCCACCAUCAGAGCCAAAAAUUAAGUUGGGAUUUAAGUUGCAGCAAAAUUUUACCCAGCAACUUACAAACAAAUCCUCAUCAGAGUUCAAGGAGUUAAAAGACACAGUAACCACAGCGCUCAACGCUGUCUAUUCACAAAGAUAUGGAUCUAACUUCAAUCGAACUGUAAUCAACGGCUUCAGUCAAGGAUCCGUUGUGGUAGAUGCUGAGCUGAUAUUCAACAAUGUGACUACACUACCAAAUGCUAGUUCUACAGCUGAAACUUUGGAGACUGCUGUUUCCAGCUCUAAUAUUUCUCUCCCUGUUGACCAAUCCUCUAUUACUGCAGCUGUUGUGUUGGCACCAACUGAAUCCCCAACCACAGAUGCACCGUCAACGAUGAUUACAACUCCCUCACCAGUAAACGCAACCUCAUCACCACUCAAUGCAACUUCAUCACAAGUCAACAUGACCUCACCACCACUCAAUGCAACUUCAUCACCAGUCAACAUGACCUCACCACCACUGAACGCCACCUCACCACCAGCAAACAUGACCUCACCACCACUCAACACCACCUCUCCACCAAUCAACAUGACUUCACCACCACUAAACACCAGCUCACCACCAGCAAAUAUGACCUCACCACCACUCAACACAACCUCACAACCAGUCAACAUGACUUCACCACCAGUAAAUGCAACCUCACCACCAGCCAACAUGACCUCACCACCACUCAACGCCACCUCUCCACCAAUCAACAUGACUUCACCACCACUUAACGCCACCUCACCACCAGCAAACAUGACCUCACCACCACUUAACGCCACCUCACCACCAGUCAACAUGACUUCACCACCAGUAAAUGCAACCUCACCACCAGCAAACAUGACCUCACCACCACUCAACACAACCUCACCACCAGUCAACAUGACUUCACCACCAGUAAAUGCAACCUCACCACCAGUCAACAUGACCUCACCACCACUCAACACAACCUCACCACCAGUCAACAUGACUUCACCACCAGUAAAUGCCACCUCACCACCAGCCAACAUGACUUCACCACCAAUAAAUGCGACCUCACCACCAGCAAACAUGACCUCACCACCACUCAACACAACCUCACCACCAGUCAACAUGACUUCACCACCAGUAAAUGCAACCUCACCACCAGUCAAUAUGACUUCACCACCAGCAAACAUGACUUCACCACCAAUAAAUGCAACCUCUCCACCAAUCAACAUGACUUCACCACCAGUAAAUGCAACCUCACCACCAGCCAACAUGACUUCACCACCAGUAAAUGCAACCUCACCACCAGUCAACAUGACUUCACCACCAGUAAAUGCAACCUCACCACCAGCCAACAUGACUUCACCACCAGUAAAUGCAACCUCACAACCAGUCAACAUGACUUCACCACCAGUAAAUGCAACCUCACCACCAGUUAACAUGACUUCACCAACAGCCAAUGCAACCUCACCACCAAUUAUCACAACUUCUUUGCCAGUUAAUGUAAGCUCUUCACCUGUAAAUGGAACAUCAGUGCCACCAACAGUCGCAACCAUUGUUCCUCCAGCUACAACAGGAGCUGCUCCACCAUCAGAGCCAAAAAUUAAGUUGGGAUUUAAGUUGCAGCAAAAUUUUACCCAACAACUUACAAACAAAUCCUCAUCAGAGUUCAAGGAGUUAAAAGACACAGUAACCACAGCGCUCAACGCUGUCUAUUCACAAAGAUAUGGAUCUAACUUCAAUCGAACUGUAAUCAACGGCUUCAGUCAAGGAUCCGUUGUGGUAGAUGCUGAGCUGAUAUUCAACAAUGUGACUACACUACCAAAUGCCAGUUCUACAGCUGAAACUUUGGAGACUGCUGUUUCCAGCUCUAAUAUUUCUCUGCCUAUCAACACAUCCUCUAUUACUGCAACUGUUGUGUCGGCACCAACUGAAUCUCCAGCCACAGUUGCACCUUCAACUCCACCACCAGUAACCGCAACCUCACCACCACUCAACGCAACUUCACCACCAGUCAACAUUACUUCACCACCAGUCAACGUUACCUCACCACCAGUCAACAUGACUUCACCACCACUCAACGCAACCUCACCACCAGUCAUCAACAUGACCUCACCACCACUUAAUGCAACUUCACCACCAGCAAACAUGACUUCACCACCACUCAAUUCCACCUCACCACCAGUCAAUGCAACCUCACCACCAGUCAAUGUUACCUCACCACCACUCAACGCAACCUCACCACCAGUCAAUGUUACUUCACCAUCAGUCAACAUGACUUCACCACCAGCCAACAUGACUUCACCACCAGUCAACGCAACCUCACCACCAGUCAACGCAACCUCGCCACCACUCAAUGCAACUUCACCACCAGCAAACAUGACAUCACCACCACUCAACGCAACCUCACCACCAGUCAUCAACAUGACCUCACCACCAGUCAAUGCAACUUCACCACCAGUCAACUUAACUUCACCACCACUCAACGCAACCUCAGCACCAGUCAAUAUAACCUCACCACCAAGCAAUGCAACCUCAGUCCAACCAGUCACCACCGUGUCACCACCAGGUAAUGCAACCUCCCCAUCAGUAAAUGGAACAUCACCACAGCCAGUUAUCACAACUGUUGCCCCAUCAGCAGAAUCAAGGAUUAUGUUGGGAUUUAGGUUGCAGCAAAACUUUACACAACAACUUGAAAACAAAUCCUCUCAAGAGUUCAAGGAUUUAGCAAACAGUGUGAAAUUAACACUUGACAAGGUCUAUAGCAACAGAUAUGGAAGCAGGUUCCUUCGAGCCAUCAUCAACUCUUUCAGUCAAGGUUCAGUUGUGGUCGAUUCUGAGCUGAUAUUUGCUAAUGCCAGUUCACUGCCAGAAACUAGUACUGUGCAAAAUGCUCUGGUGGAAGCAGCGCCCAACAUCUCCCUUCCAUUGAACACCUCAAGCAUUGUUGCAGCAAGAAUUACUACAUCAACUGCUGCUCCUGCUACAACUGCUGCAGCAACUGCUACAGCAACUGCUGCGCCAACUGCUACACCAACUGCUACAACUGCUGCUCCUGCUACAACUGCUGCAGCAACUGCUACAGCAACUGCUGCGCCAACUGCUACAGCAACUGCUACAACUGCUGCUCCUGCUACAACUGCUGCAGCAACUGCUACAGCAACUGCUGCGCCAACUGCUACAGCAACUGCUACAACUGCUGCGCCAACUGCUACAACUGCUGCAGCAACUGCUACAGCAACUGCUACAACUGCUGCGCCAACUGCUACAACUGCUGCAGCAACUGCUACAACUGCUGCACCAACUGCUGCGCCAACUGCUACAGCAACUGCUACAACUGCUGCACCAACUGCUGCGCCAACUGCUACAGCAACUGCUACAACUGCUGCACCAACUGCUACAACUGCUGCUACAACAGCUGCACCAACUGCUACAACAACUGCUUCCACUGCUGCACCAACUACUACAACCACCACUUCUUUAACAGAUCCUCCUACAUCCAGUGAGGGAACCCUUAACCUUCAGUUCAGCCUUGACCGAACAUUUACACCGGCCCUCUCAGACUCAUCCUCUACCGAGUUUCAAACUUUAGCUGCAUUAGUGGUCACAGAGAUAAACAAAGCGGGUGCAAGGCUGUAUGGAUCAGAUUUCCUUCGCUCCAUCAUAAACUCAUUCACGAGUGGAUCAGUGGUUGUCCAGUCAACCCUUGUGUACAAGGAUAAAAACUCAGUUCCUUCAGCAAGCAGUGCAACUUCAGGAUUCAGCAGCCAACUUGCCAACUCUACCUCCUUGAACGUUAUUUCAGGCAGCGUUACUGCACAGUCCACAUCAAGCAGCUCUCCAAUACACACAACGGGCUCAUUAGCAGUCUUUUCACUGACACUGCUGACUGUGGCACAGAUGCUGAUACACUUAUAGACACCCAACACAACGACUUGGCCAGUAACUUUUACUAUGCUAUCUAAGUGUGGAAAGAGGAAGGUACCAGCAAAUGAAAAACACUGUGCAUUAUGAAAUUUACCUGUACAAUGUCAUGUGGUAAAAAGAUAUGUACUGUGUGUCAAAAAUUUAGACAAUUUCUCAGUAUUUUUAACUUGUAAUGUUACAAUCACUUGUGUUUUUUGAUUUAAUUUUAUUUAAAGAACGAAUCAUUAAGAUUAUAAUAUAGUGUUCUGUACUUUUGGGGCAUUUUUUUUCCAUUCAAUGUAUUUCUUUUUUAAAUUCUUUUUUAUAUGCCAUUUUUCGUGUGGCAUCAUUAACAUUUUAAAAAUGCAAAUACAUACAUGAAAGGAUAAUUUACUAAAUAUUUAUUUAAAAUUAAAAGCUUUGUACGAUUCAGCAGGACAGAAUGUACAUCAAUGCCAUUGUUCAGUGCGAAUGAAGGAAGAAUUGUGUAGUUAAAGUAGCAUAGUGCCAAAAGCUUAGGAUAUGGAGGUAACAUGAUCUUGAUGCUGGAGACCAAUGAUUCGUUAUACGUCUGAGACCAACCAUUAAUGUUGGAGUUUUUUUUUUUUUCAUAUAUUCAACCAUGAAGACGAUCUCUCCCUAAACAUAAUCAUGUGGUUUCAGGUGCCUUACCUAAACAACACCACAGUUGCCAUGUUAGAAUACUGUAGGAGAAAAUAUUGAAUCGUCCAGUUUUCAGUGAAUAGUGUGGCAAGUGGACCUCUGAAUGCUAGUCAAAAAGUGUCCAGCUAUCAUAAAAUGUUUUUAAUAGAAUAUCGAUUGUACCUGUAUGUUAUUGAGAAGGGGAAUAAUGAAAAUUUGAAUCGUUGUUAUUCAACUAAGUAUUAAAUGUUACCUUUAAAAUGA